UAAAUAUACCUACACCAUGGGAAGAUCACAAGCGUCUGACUCACCAAGAAGUGGGUCAAUGUAAGGGUGUGACGUCAUAUUGUUAUUUACCUGAAAAUGGCUGCUCUCUUCGGACAUGGAAAUCCUCUUGCGACGCAAGUUGGACAGUUGAUUGAGAGAGGCACAGAUGGAUCACAAGCCUCAGAAAACUGGAUGGUUUUGAUGGAAGUUUGUGAUAUCAUCAAUGAAACAGAUGAAGGUCCUAAGGAUGCGGCUCGGGCAAUCAGAAAAAGGUUAUCACAGAACAUGGGGAAAAACCACACAGCGGUCAUGUAUACACUAACAUGCCUGGAAACGUGUGUAAAGAACUGUGGCAGAAGAUUUCACCUCCAGGUGGCAACCAAAGACUUCCUGUCCGACCUGGUCAAGGUCAUCGGUCCAAAGUACGACCCCCCACAGGCAGUUCAGGAGAAAGUUCUCAGUCUUAUUCAGACAUGGGCAGAUGCCUUCAGGGGGACACCAGAGCUAAAGGAGAUAGACAAAGUUUACCAGGAUCUGAAGGCAAAGGGGAUAGAGUUUCCCAUGACAGAUCUGGACCACAUGGCCCCUAUCCAUACACCAGCCAGGAGCACAUCAGAGGUGGACCCAGGAUUAAGUCGAUUAAGACCGUCAACUAGAGCUCCCCAGCAGGCUCCAGUGUCCCCUCCCACCCCCCAAGCCCCUACAGGUCCCAUCAACCCCUCAGCGGAGCAGAUGACCAAGUUAAAAACGGAGUUAAACGUCGUCCAAGGUAACCUCCGCGUAAUGAGUGAGAUGUUGAUGGAACUGUCUCCUUCUAACAUUGACCCCUCAGACCUAGAGCUCCUACAGGAACUCAACAGGACAAACAGGCAGAUGCAGCAGCGAUUGGUGGAAUUAAUAGACAAAAUAGCCAAUGAGGAGGCUACAAAUGAGCUUUUACGCAUUAAUGAUGACAUGAACAAUGUCUUUCUGAGAUAUGAGAGGUUUGAGCGAUAUAGAACGGGACAAUCCGGGCAGCAGAGCUCCCAGCCUUCAGAACCCUUACCCUCCGAAAGUGUGUCACCACCCUCAUACGAACAGGCUUCGUCCCCUGCACCCGUUCCCUCACAGCCUGCCCCUGCUGUAGGGAAUCUCAUCGACUUGGGGGAUGACACCCAUGUCCCCGCCCCACAGCUGGCCCCACAAGUUACAUCACAGAUGGCCAAUCUGGAUAUUGGAAAAAAUUCAGCGCCCGCUACGGGACACAAUGACGAUGAUUUUGACAUGUUUGCCCAGUCUCGGCAGUCCUUUGAUACCAACAAACAGACAAUGGGAAGUUACGCAAAUCAGCAGGAGGACCAGUUUAAUAAAGCUGGAUUAGGAGCUGUGGUCAACUCCAAAAACAAUUUUACAACCGAUGAGGAAGUCCUACAGCUCACUAAAGAAGAGGAGGAGGUCCUUAAGUUACAAGACAAAGAAACAGAUUAUGCCGAGAUGGAGCAAUGGCUGACGGCGGAACAGAAAGCCAGUUUGAACGAACACAAAAAUCAACAAAAGGAUUCAUUAUCCAGUUCAGAGUUUGAUUCUUUCCUGAAUGACAGAGCGCAAGCUGCUGAUACCCUCCCCAGCAUAACGGCCGCUACAGGUCAAAGGUCACGGAAGCUACAAAAGGACGAUGAAGAGAAUCCCUUGUUUGCUUUAUAAAUUUUGAACCCUGUGUGAAAGUGUAUGAAAGAAUGUAUGGAAACUGGACUAAUAAUAGUAACAUGAAUUGAUUACUUUGUCACAUGAUCAUAACAUGGUCAGCCAUUGUAAGCCAAACCAUGGAAAACUGAUCAUCAGAACUUUGUUAGAUUCUUGUUAAUCAGAGAAAAUAUUUCUUGCUACCUUUAAUUUCUUUUUAGUUGUAAGUAUUAUUUCAUAAAUUUAUUUAUUCAUUUAUCUAUUUGCAUUCAAAUUUAUAUUUAAAGACAAUUUUAGAAGAGAUAUAUAUGCAAUUAUUUAAUAAGAAAUUUAUGAAUGGUUUCAUGUGUAAAAAGAAUUGUCUGAAUUUGUCCUUUUUGAGACUUAAUGCCUUGUGUUUUUACUACAAAUGAUAAUAAGAGAAGCAAAUAUUAGACUAAAAAUCUCUUGAUUGGCAUAAUGUUUUGUAAUUAUACAUCUAAUGUAUACAGUUGAACUUUGAUAUACAGACCACCCUAUAUACAGUUGAACUUUGAUGUCUUGAACACUUCUUUUCAGAAUAUCCUGAAUACAUUUGAACUCUGUUGAUUUGAGUACAUGUACUAAUAUUUUGAAUACCAUGGGUGCAGUUGAACUUUGUUGUUUUGAACACUAAUUUUCUGAAUACCCAGGAUGCAGUUGAACUUUGAUGUUUUGAACACUAAUUUUCUGAAUACCCAGGAUGCAGUUGAACUUUGUUGUUUUGAACACUGAUGUUCUGAAUGCAGUGAGCCAGCAGUGCUGAUCCGAUCAGAAAUCCACUUCUACAUCACGAUCUUAAACCUUCAUAUAAAUCUGACAGUCCUGUAAUGUUGGUCGACUGUAAUAGGGGUUGACUGUAUGUCAUUCUGUUCUAAGACAUGACUUAAUUCAUAGAAAACAAGGAGUUUUCUGUAUUUUAAAAGGAAUAUAGCAAUUGUUUAUCGAGAAAAAAAGUUUUGAAAGGUUUAUACUUGUCAUUCAAAUUAAUUUAUUAUAGUUUCAUUAAAAUGUAUUGCAUGUACUAUCAUGUAAACACAAGCUGCAAAUAUUGAUUUAUACAGGCUUGAUGUAUACAAUUUGUUUAGUUUUUCAGCUUAAUAUAUAAAUAAUAUGCUAUUGAAAAAUUGUGUAGGGUCCAAAUUUCAUAGAACUGCAGGUUAUUAAGACGUCAUUGUAAGAAGGCAUUUUUAGAAAGGCAUGGGACCUUAUAUAUAGUACAGAAAACAAUAACUCUAUUUCUUAUUAAAAGCCUUGCUCACAUUGCUGAUCAUGAAAGCAAAUUUUUGGAAAAUAUAAAAGAUUCUAAAGUUUCAAAUGUUAUUACUUCCUCUACAGCUUGUGAUUUAAAGGUUUAAUGACUUUAGAGAAGACACCAACAUCAUGAGAUGAGUUUGGUGUAAUGAGUAUAAUUUAUCAGUCCCUGCAUUCAGAUUUUAUUUUUAAGAAAAAAACACAAGUAAAACCUCAAAAGACAAAAAAACAUGCAGCUUGAUACUGGCUGAAACUUUGUUAAAAUCUAAGUUUAAUGUGUAAUGAGUAUGCAUCUAUGUUUGUUUGAUAUAAAAUUGUUAACUGAAUAUUACAGUGUUUUAAAGGUCAUUGUAAAAAGGGCCUUAACUUUACUUGUGAAGUCCUAUAUGUAUUAGUAAUCUGUGUACAAGUUCAGUGAACUUAGAUAUUCAAGAACAUUAAGUCUGCUUUGAAUUUUGUAAAGCUUUUGAACUAAUCUAAUACCUUAAACAAAUUAAGCUGUUUAUUUUUAAAUUGUUUUUUUUUAAAUCUGGAUUGAUAUAGACUAAAAUUGAAUGUCUAUUCUUUAUUUCUGAUUUGGAAAUUCAGAGUUGAUAGGAAAUUUUAUCAUAAAAAUUGCUUGAACUGAAUAAUCAUGUAGAUUGAUUUAGCUACUUGGGGAUAAGAACAUAUUCCAUAAGGUAAAUAAACAGUCAUUUGACAGGGUUUUUCUAUUAUAAUUUUUCCUGAAUGUACUAUUAUAAUAAAAUAUUUAUCUCUUGGCGAACAGAAUAAAUGUAAAAGAAACUUUGUAGUAAUCUGUAUCCAUUUGAGUGUUUAACACACUUCUCUAUUUAAUAUGAUGUUGAAAAUUAAAAAGAAUAUUGUUA